AUGCCGUUCUACAGGCGCACGGUGGUGCCCCAGCGCCUGUGCCCGCUCAACUCGCCGCAGCCGCUGGCCGAGCUCCGCGACGUGAGCCACCUGGCCGCGCUCAGCCUGCUCCGGCAGCUCGCCGACCUCUGUGGCCACUCGCUGGCUCUGCUCGAGGACCUCGAGGGGCACCUGCUGGCCCUGGGGCGCCGCACCGACAGCCUGUACCGGCGCGCCGCGCGCCUCCGCCGCCGCCUUCCCUGCCGCCUGCUUGGCCCUGAGGACGACGAGGAAGAGCUAGCUGCAGCUAACUCGGGUCGGGAAAAUGCGACAGCGACUGCCCACUCGAGGUCGUCAUGGCGACAGCCAGUGAACGUGUUCCUCUCCCCGGGCAGGCCCCCGAGUGUAGAGGAGCUGCUUCGCGAGGCGCAGCUCAAUCUCCAGAGCCUGUUGCAAGAAGAAUAUGAGGAACAGUACUCGGAGGCCAGACUUCUGGGGCAGACCUUCCGCUCUUCUGAUGAGGCCCCUGAGCCCACCCCCAGCCCAAGGCCCCAGUCUGCCAGGCGUCUGGAGUUUGUAUUGAUGCCUACAAAACGGCAGCUGAGCGAGGAUGAGACCACCACCCAGGGUGUGAGGGCCCCCGAGGCCUUGCCGGGCCUGCCUACCACAGCCGACAAGCAAACUGCCUGGAAUAGCCCCUUCCCUCUGCCCAUCCUAGAGGAGAAGCGGUGGCCUCAGCCUUGCUCCACGCACUCUGACAUUGUGCCCAUCAACGUCUCUGGGCAGCAGUUUGAUAAACAUGCAAGUUUGCGACACUCGUUGUUUAACACAGAGACAGCCGUGAACCCUAAGUCCACCCUGAGGCGGAGGCGGACCAUUAUUGGAUUCUCUAACUUUUCCCAGCGAGACCAAGGUCACAGCAACAGCCCAGUAGGCAGUGUGGCCCACUCUACCACCUCCGACAUCAGGCCCAGUCACUCAGUUCUGGAAGGUGUUCAUGGAAGAGUUGCGGUUGGUCAGGAAGCUCGGUUCCCAAGCGUCACAUCGCCAAUACUGAGAAAUCCUUCGAGUGAGCCGGAAGAACCUCCUCAGGCACGGAGCGGCCCAAACCCUCCUGGUAUGGAGAGCGUGGGAAUGGUGUACAGCGUCCCUAAUCCUUGCAAUGGACCCACAGAAUCGACGUUCUCCACUUCCUGGAAGGGAGAUGCUUUUACCUACAUGACUCCAUGUGCCACCAGCCAGAGAAAUCAAGUCAAUGAAAAUGGAAAACAUCCUUCCUCUGGGAAUUCUUGGGUCUCUCUGAACACACUCCCACCUCUGGUUCCUAAGGAGGCUGCUACCCUCUUUGUCGCUCGUGAUAUCCCAGCAGGAUGCAGUGGGUUAACUGGCCACUCUGAGCACCCUACUCAACGAAGGCAAGUACCGGAAAGACCCUCCAAGAUUGGCCCUCUGACCGGUGCUACCUCAAAGCUGGAGACAGGCCCAGGCGGAGCCAGCAGAUUCCGGGAACGGUCACUGUCUGUGCCCACAGACUCGGGCACCACAGAUGUGGACUAUGACAAGGAGCAGAAGGCCAGUGAGGCCUGUGCCAUACCUUAUGCCAGUACAAGUUCUGAGGGCAGCAACAGUGCUGACAACAUUGCCUCCCUCAGUGCCCAACAGGAGGCCCAGCACAGAAGGCAGAGGUCCAAGAGUAUCUCACUCAGGAAGGCCAAAAAGAAGCCUUCCCCGCCAACGCGCAGUGUCUCACUGGUCAAAGAUGAGCCAGUCCUCUUGCCAGAAGGGGGAUCUGCGCUACCCAAGGACCAGAGGCCCAGGAGCCUUUGCCUCUCCUUGGAAUACCAAGGACAUCACUCAUCCCACCCAGAUGCUCAGGGUCACCCAGCUGUGCCAACCCUCAAAGAUCCAGAAGGUACACAAUUUUCCCACCACUGGUAUCUUACUGACUGGAAGUCUGGUGACACCUACCAAUCCUUGUCCAGCUCCAGCACUGCCACUGGCACCACGGUCAUUGAGUGCACCCAAGUUCAGGGCAGCUCAGAGUCUCUGGCCUCACCUUCCACCUCCAGAGCCACUACACCUUCCCAACUCUCCAUCGAGGUGGAAGCCAGGGAGGUAUCCUCCCCAGGAAGGCCCACUGGACUGAUGUCACCCUCCAGUGGCUACUCCAGCCAGUCGGAGACACCAACACCCACUGUCUCCAUGUCCUUGACCCUUAGCCACUUUCCUCCUCCAAGCAGCAGCGUCCGGGUACGUCCAGUGGUACCAGAGAGGAAGUCGUCACUACCCCCAACAUCACCAAUGGAGAAAAUUCCCAAGUCUCGGCUAUCAUUUGACCUACCAUUGACCACUUCAACCAACCUGGAUCUGUCAGGGAUGAGUAUCUCCAUCCGAAGCAAAACCAAGGUGAGCAGGCAUCACUCAGAUACAAAUUUCGGGGCCAAGCUGGCCCAGAAAACUAGUCCCAACCAGCCAAUCAUGCCCAUGGUUACUCAGUCUGACCUACGUUCUGUUCGCCUGAGGUCAGUCAGCAAGUCUGAGCCGGAAGAUGACAUUGAGAGCCCUGACUAUACUGAGGAACCCAGAGCAGAAGAAGUCUUCACCUUGCCAGAGAGAAAGAUGAAACCUCCCAUAGCUGAGAAGCCUCCGCUGGCCCGAAGACCUCCGAGCUUGAUCCACAAGCCACCAUCUGUCCCCGAGGAGUACCCACUCACUUCGCCUACCUUGACUAUAACCCCCAAGAGCUCAAUUCAACACGUGAGACCACUCUCUCAAGACAGCUACACGGUGGUGCGGAAACCAAAGAGCUCCAGCUUCCCCAAUGGCAGAAGCCCAGGCGAGUCGACAGCACCCUCGUCUGUUGUUUUCAUGCCUUUUGCCAGUUCCUCUGGUGCUUUCUUCUCAGGAACCCAGCAGCUUCCCCAGGGAAGUAUGGAGGACGAGGGCCCCAAGGUGAGAGCCCUGCCUGAAAGAAUUAGCCUCCAGAGCCAAGAAGAAGCUGAGAAAAAGAAAGGCAAGAUUCCACCUCCUGUGCCAAAAAAGCCCAGCGUGUUAUACCUGCCUCUUACCUCCCCCACAGCCCAAAUGGAGGCCUACGUGGCAGAACCAAGGCUGCCCCUCAGCCCCAUCAUCACCCUGGAGGAAGACGCCAAGUGUCCCAGCGCCAGGGAUGGUGAAAGGGCGACUUCACCUCCACAGGCUGACAGUGAAAAGGAGGCAAGCCCUCUGGGGAGUUCUGUGGAACCAAGUACCGAAGAAAAAAGUUUAAUCAGUGAUAAAACAGCUGAAUGGAUUGUGGAGGAUGAUGAUGACGUGUUUGUGGCUUCACGCACGACUGAAGAUUUAUUUACUGUGAUACACAGGUCCAAGAGAAAGCUACUCGGCUGGAAGGAGCCUGGUGAGACCUUUGCCUGCAGCAGACAGAGCUCCCACUCUCCGAUAAAGAACACGGCUGAGUCUCCGAUCAGUGAGUCGGCUGCCACCGCAGGGUCGGGCAGCAGUGCCAACCUAGAUGCUGGCAGAAAUGAUGAUUUCAAGGCCUUGCUACAGAAGAAGGGAAGCAAGGCAACUCCAAAAUCCCGCCCCUCAGCAGCCGAACUGCUGAAGACCACUAAUCCACUGGCUCGGAGAAUUAUUGCACAAUUUUCAAAAGACUAUGAAACCACUGAUAACCCUAGUACCUAAGCCCUGGGUUCAACAAGCGGGGUUUACUUACUAAACUUGGGUAGAGAAGGGGAAAGAGAAAAGGUUUUAAAAAGGAACCUUGGGAAUAACAACAGAGCCUACAUUUCUAUCACAUUAACUCACAUUCUGGGCGGCAGGAGAGAGGCCGCCUCAUCUAGAGCUAAAGUCAUCAGGCACUUAAUCAUCUCGAGACACUUUACAUUUUCAUACUUACAGUCUUGCCUUGACUGACUCCCGAGUUUCUUCUUCUUUUCCCCCAGUGGUGCGCACUAACUCAGAAGUUCUCAGAUGUGAGGGCACAUGUGCCACCUUUUCCGUC